UUUGGUUUAAAUAUAUUCAUCAACUAUUUAGCACUAUUUAUUUAUCACUGAUGGAAAAAGUUCAACUGAAUAUUAUAAUGUCAAUUUUCCUACUGUGCUUGAGACGAACAAACCCCGCUCUCCGCGCAACAAACCGAAGCGGACGCAACACACCUUGCAGACACAAGGCGCACAGGUCCCGCCUGUGUCCCCCUGUUGGUAGAGGCAGUAAAAAUUGUCAUUUUCACGGCGCUCCCGUUUGAGGAUUGGCCCGGUGGCUUGUCAGUAGUCUGCUCUCUAGAGUGCCAGAGACAUUCAGACGGAGAUACGAGAGAAAGGAGUGAGAGAAGGGUAAACGACACACUGCCAUACACACGCACGCACAAGGGGAGACGAGACGCGACACGAGACAGGAACUGCAAACGAGCUGAAACAGCCACGGAGGUCAUGCAGUCAGCGGACGAGGGAUCCUGUGUCUCCAAAAUCUGUAGGCAGCGGAGCCCCUACAGCGCCCUUAAGACCUUCCCCAGCAAGCGGGCGGCGGGAAAGGCGAGAUAUGACAGACCCACCAUGGUGGCAAUCCCGCAUCUGGGAGGAGGCGGGGGCGGGCAUCAUUUUCAAUAUCUUAACCCCCACCAUCAGCAUCUACAGCACCUACAGCAUCACCAGCAUUCCCUCGCCAGCAACAACGAGCACAACCACAUAUCCCAGCGCUUUCCAUAUGAGAACGGGCCCAGCUUCAGAGUCGCGACAUCUACAUCAGCAUCAGCUUCGGCGGCGACGGCGGCAACGUCGACAGACAGUCCGCGGAGGGUCGGAGGCACAGCUGGGCACCAUGUCUCCACGCAUCCGGCAGGUAGCGCCGCAUCAUUUCAAGAUCCCACUGACUGCAACCAAGGGCUAAGCGCAGAGAGCCGGCUGAUCCUGGAUGUCUUUGCUCAGCAGUGCAGUCGGGUGUUGACCCUGCUCAACAGCAAUGGCAAACUCCUCGACCCCGCCCCUCCCUCCAGCUCGCCCGCGUCGGCUCUGAUGUCCCGCAUCAAGCAGGAGGAGGGCGGCUACCCGGGGGUGGACCGCACCGGGGGCCCCUGCCAGUCGGGGGACCCCAAGACUCAGGAGGCGGGGCCUGAGUCCCACCACGCCCCCCACAGGAAGCAGCAGCAGACCUCUGCCUUCCUUCAGGCCUUCACCGAGUCGCUCCAGAACUACCUGACGAACCCCGGCCCCGCCCACAGCCACGCCCCUGGUCCCGCCUCAGGCGGGGAAUACUGCCACCCCGCUGACCCCGACCCCCUUUCUGCAUCCCCAACUCACACUCUGGGGGGCUGGACCUCCCCCACCCCCUCCGAGUCCCAUGGGCACCCUUCCUCCACCCUGCCAGAGGAAGAGGAGGAAGAGGAGGGCUGCUGUCCCCGCUGCCUGGAGCUAGAGCAGGAGGUGCUGUGCUUGCAGCAGGAGAACGAGGAACUGCGGCGCAAGCUGGACAAUGUGCCAGUUCCCUGUCAGACUGUGCUGGACUUCUUCAAGAGGGUUCUUCUGCACAACAACCAGUUUGGGCAGCCAGCUUCCCCAGAGGAGCAGUUGACAGAGGGCAGUAAGCAGCUCCUGGGGAACUACCCCGUCUUCAUCACCAACAAGCAGUGGGACGAGGCGGUCAACUCCUCCAAGAAGGACGGGCGUCGGCUCCUGCGCUACCUGAUCCGCUUCGUCUUCACCACCGACGAGCUGAAGUACUCCUGCGGCCUGGGCAAGAGGAAGCGCUCGGUGCAGACCGGCGAGGCCGGGCCCGAGAGACGCCCGCUCAACCCCGUCAAGGUCACCUGCCUCAGAGAGUUCAUCCGCAUGCAUUGUGCCUCCAACCCGGACUGGUGGAUGCCCUCUGAGGAGCAGAUCAACAAGGUGUUCAGCGAUGCGGUGGGGCACGCGCGGCAAGGCCGGGCCGUGGGCACCUUCCUCGGCAGCAGCGGCAGCUGCAGCAGCGGCGGCAGCGGCAGCUUCUACCUGGAGAGCAUGGACGGCCACCUGUCCCAGGACGAGCUCUUCCUGCGCGGCUCCCAGGAUGGCGAUUGAGAGGGCGGGCCAGCCUGAAAAGAGGCCAGACUGACUGAGUACGAGUCUUCCCGUUUCCUGAUGCUGGAACUCUGGAAUUCUGGGAAAUAGGUGAGGCUCGGUUAACAUUCCGGUGCAGCCCCAUCCGAACCCGGAAGGGGAGAAAUGCUGAAAUUGUCUUUUAAUUGUCUUUUUUAAAUCUCUUCUUGUCCUUCAUCUCAUUGGGAAAGUUUUUUUCUUUAUAGUGAGUGAAAGAAAAUGUGUCUGGAGUUCAUGCGUGUUCAAAGACAUGGAGUGUUGUAUGGUUACACUGCCAUUAUUAUCAUGUCCAUGGACUGGAUUAAGCGCUGCUAAGAGUUAGCCAAGAUAUUGAAAUGAAAUGAAAUUGAAUUGGAUUAAAUUUUCAUGAGUAACAUUCCAGUUUAGAAUGUACGAUUCUCACAUUAUUCAAGUUCAUCUGAGUGUCAGUUUAAAUGAAGUUAUCCCAGGUAAAAUCUUCUUUCUCACCUUGUUGCUGAAAGUGUGGCAUCAAUGUUAUCAGAUUUAUAUGCCACAGACUAAGUCACAGUAAUGUUAUAGUGUAAGAUAGUAUUGCGCAAUGUUCUGAUAAUGUUGCGCAAGGCCUUUUGGGCAGGGCUGAGGGACCUCUCUGUUAAUCUCUGCAUUGGCAAAAUCUGUGAAGAUGCGGAAAAACACACGUCCACUACUGCAUGUUCAUAGCAGAGUACACCACACAAGCUUUGAACUACUUUAAAGGAGUUAUGUCAGACAGAAACAACAGGAAGCAGACUGCUUAUUAAUGUCUGGCUUCCAUCAAAGUGCCACUGGGUUCAUCAAAGCCUUCUCCUGCUGGUGCCCAGGCCUCUGAGCCAAGCAACGUAAACACAGGUGUUUGGGGUCCACGCCCCCUGCCCUGCCUGUUCUCACACACCUCAUUACUGCACGGACAGUUUCCUUUGGAGUUUCGUUUGGAAUUCACCAAUGAAAAUACCUUACGAGGGUCUUUCACACCUCUCAUAGUCUUGGCUGUCAAGAACCUUCUGGAAGUUCGGCCCUCGAAACGUGCCAUUUCCAUUACCAAUAUCUUCCUUCGUCUUGCUGGAUAUGAGCUGCUAAUUCCAAAAAAGACCCCUCAAAGCAGUAUUAAGUGGUAUAUGAACAUUAUUCAUUAUUAACUAUAUAUUUCCUUUAACAUGAAUUUAAUACAGCCCCUCAUAGGAAAAGUCUCAUCUGUAUAUACACUGUGGGUGCUGUCAAGCUAGCUGGACAAGCCAGAUGGACAACAUCACAUUGUAGGUUGUCUGAUCGUUUUACCCAUUCAUUUUCUAUUCAGAUAAUAGUCAUUUAACCUUUACACAACCUCUGAUUCCAGAAAGGGAAAUAAGUGUAAUUAUGUGUCUAUUGUGCUGUAUAUAACCAGUUAAAGGAUAGAAUGUUUUGUGAUUUUUCCUCAUAUGGAAGUGUUGUUCAGACAAUAUCUGCAAGCAUCACAUACUGUAAAUUAUUGGGCCUCUCUCAGCUUCUAUACAAUCGUGGCUUUUCUUUCUUUUUGUUUUUGCCAAUGUUUUCAAUCAAAUUAUUUGCAUAUCUAAUGGAUUUGACUGAUUUACUGUUAGGAAUUUAAUUGAUCCUCUAUGAAAAGAGAUCAGUUCCAAUGUUUUUUGCCAUUGGUUCAAUACAGAAACUAUCACUGACUAAAAUGAUUUAUCAAAAUAAUGUCAUUAAUUCAAAGCAAACCUUUAAUUUAAGGUAAUGUUAUUUUGAUAUUUAUAAAUCAAAUCAUUUAAAAAUUUAUAUGCUAGCCCUCUAAAUUAUAAUCAGUGGUUUCACGAUACAGACACACUUCCUCUUUCUAGUUUCCUAUGAAACUGGCACAGGUGCACAGAAAAAUUGUUAGUGUUCCAUCACCUCUGAGAGUGGUAAAUCUACUCUGUGUAUGAAUCGAAUGGAAACAAUACAAUAUGCACUCUAUUAAAGCUAAGAAUUGCAGAGUUGGUUUUACAGAUUUGUAUGAACAUUUGGUUGUGUGGGACCAAUGAGGCUAUACCUCUAAAGAUCCUCCUAAUGCUGUGAAACAUCUCAGGUCCAGUGGCCUUUCACGCCUUUAUUCAUUUUUAAACAGCUUUUCAGUCCCUUAUUUUAACUUUCACCCGAGUGUGAACACCCCAAUCAUGGCUGUAAGCCAGAUGAAACCACUGCCACAUCCUCUGUCAUUUUGAGAGAAUGGAAACAAGCAACUUUGUCCUUCUAUUGUGCUUCCAGCAGUCACUCAUUUUCGUUCUGCAGGACCCCAACUGACCAGAGGAGUCGCUAUUGAGUGACGAGGCGGGGUAUACCGCGGUAGCUUUAACCUUCCUUCCUGGGGUGACUGUAUGACCAACUAUAUGCCACGUGGUACUACCAGUCACAGCUAGCACAGGGUCAGAUUUUUAUAGUGUAGCUUUGCUCUGAACAACGUCACAUAGCCUCACACUUUCAGCAGCCGUGUCUCUGCUCCAUACUCCCAGAUGCAAUCUGUCAUAGCUCUUAGUUUCCUUCUGCAAUGGCCUCAUACUCCCAGAAACCAUUUUUCUCAACCCAGUGCUCCCAGUUGCCAUCUCUCAUAGCCUCAUACUCCCAGAAGCCAUCUGUUCCGCCCUCAUACUCCCAGAAGCUGUCUCUCAUAGCCUCGUACUCUCGACUCCAUAUGUUCUAUCCUCAUACUCCCAGAAGCCAUCUGUUAUAUUCUCAUACUCCCAGAAGCCAUCUGUCAGAGCUGCAUACUCAAAGGCAUCCUCCUGGAAAAUGUUAUAGAUAUGAAUUCCAGUAUUUGCAGCUAUUAAAAAGAAUAAAUGUGACCAAACACUAUGUACAUUGCAAUAAUAACUUGCAGCCAUCGGAAGCUCUUCAAUAUUGAGGAGAUUCACAGAAGUAAAUGAUGCAGUGAUUCCAUAAUAGCAAAUUAAGUUGUCACAAAAAGACCUUAAAUCAGUGCUAAGUGGCAUGUUAUGGGACU